CGGUAAACGCCCUCAGAUAUUUGGGAAGGGGUGUCAUGUUUUUGAUCGAGAAGCUUCUAUUUAUAAUGGAUUGCUGCAGUAGCUCAAGUGUGAGGCGGGAAUCAUAUGACCUGCGUUCAUUCCUGUAGUAUCGCUGUGACACGCGCUGUGUGAAACGCAUUUCUCCGUCGCUCGCGAGAGGAGCUCAGCAUUAACAUGUACCAGAGUAAACCGCUGUGCUCCACUGAAAUACUGUCGGAUAUAUCUUUUUUUUAAACAGCAGGCUCAUUCUCUUAUUUACAGAAUAGACGUGAUUACGGGAGACGAUGCCUGAAGAAAAAGCAUUUCACCAGCAGGCUGUUCACAGUCCCCUGGAGCAGCAGAAGGGACAACGGCAGAGCGGGCCCGUCCCGUGUCAAAACUGUGGCAAGCCCUGCAAAGGCGAGGUGCUCCGGGUGCAGAACAAACACUUCCACAUCAAGUGCUUUGUCUGCAAAGUUUGUGGAUGUGAUUUGGCUCAGGGAGGCUUUUUUGUGCGUCAGGGCGAGUUUAUCUGCACUCUGGAUUAUCAGCGACUCUAUGGCACCCGCUGCUUCAGUUGUGAAGAGUUCAUUGAAGGGGAAGUUGUGUCCGCCCUGGGCAAGACAUACCAUCCGCGUUGCUUUGUCUGUGCUAUCUGCAAGCAGCCGUUUCCAGCUGGGGGCCGCGUGACGUUUAAUGGGAAGGAGUGCGUUUGUGAGAAAUGCACUCAGCCUGUGCCAGUCAACAGCACGGCAUCCCCACAGGCUGUGCACAAUUGCUGUGGCUGUGGAAAGGAGUUUAAAAAUGAGCAGUCUCUGGUGGCGUUGGACAAGCACUGGCACCUUGGCUGCUUCAAGUGCAAAGUGUGCAAUAAAGUGCUUAAUGCAGAAUAUAUCAGCAAGGACGGGAUCCCCUACUGCGAGGCAGACUAUCACGCCAUGUUUGGCAUCCAGUGUGAAACCUGCAAGAAAUACAUCACUGGAAAAGUACUUGAGGCUGGAGAAAAACACUAUCAUCCCGCAUGUGCCAGAUGUGCACGUUGUGAGCAGAUGUUUGGGGAGGGGGAGGAGAUGUACCUGCAAGGUUCUUCCAUCUGGCAUCCUCCUUGCAGACAGGCAGCACGUAUGGAGGAGAAGAGUAAGAAACAGGUGCGGAUUCAGCUCAAUGAUCUCCAUUCCAAUGUACCUGAGCAGGUGACGAGAACCUCCUCUGAGAGCAUCACCUCUGCUCCUGCCUCCAGUGCAUCGGGCUCCCCUAGCAGAGUUAUCUAUGCAAAGCUGGGUGAUGAACUUCUGGACUACAAGGACCUGGCUGCUCUUCCUAAAAUCAAAGCGAUCUACAACAUUGACAGACCUGACAUGCUCUCAUACUCACCCUAUGUGAGCUACCCUGUGGAAGACAGGACUUUUGGAGAGUCACCCCAACAACUCACCCCUACUCCAACUGAGGGAGAUGGGGAAAAGUCUCCCCGGCACAGGAGGCCCUCCAGCCCCAGCUCCAACAGCUCUUUGGGGGGUUAUGGCCGCUAUACGCCUUCCCGCUCACCUCAGACGUACAGCAGACCAGAGCAAUAUCUGAGUGUCAAAUACACGACUCAUCCAGAAAAUUCCAACUUGUUGUCUGUUCCAACUUCGGGGAGGAGUAGUGCCCAUGGUAGCGCCAGAGGCUCCUCCCCACUGCCUUUGUACAGCGGCAGUGGUAGAAACACACCACAGGCAGGGAGUGGUGGUGUGGCCCUGCCCCUCAACCCCACUACUCUGGCUUUGCUCCAACAGCACAACUACAUCCCUUACUUCAGAGGUAGUGAAAGUGGUCGGAGUACCCCCAGUCUCUCCACCUACUCUGAUGGCAAAUCUCCUUCAUCUACAUAUGUGGCGGCCCCACGGCAUUUCCAUAUCCCAGAGACUAAAGUCAAAGAUAAUAUCUAUAGAAAGCCCCCUAUCUACAAACAGCAUGCUUCCAGAACCUCCUGGCAAGAUGGUGAAGACGUAGACAGAAAGACCAGAACAAGUUGGAUGAACCUGAAGAGUGAGAUGGAUGGACAGUCUCCAGAUUUGGACCCCAGGACCUCCACCCACAGCUUACCCACCGAUAUGUCUCAACCCAACUUUCCAUACAAUAAGUCUGCUUCGCUGCCAGGAUAUGGGCGGAACGGCAUAUACAAGGCAGCUGAUCUUGGCGAGGAUGAGGGCGAUCAUGACUCAUCCUGGAGUGGAAUGAGAGAGUACAAGGUCUAUCCCUAUGACAUGCUAGCUGUGACCCACAGAGCCCGAGUAAAACUACCACGGGAUGUGGACCGCACCAGACUGGAGAGGCACCUGUCACCUGAGGACUUCUAUAGCGUAUUUGGGAUGACCAUUGAACAGUUUGACCGUUUGGCCUUGUGGAAGAAAAAUGACCUUAAGAAGAAAGCCCGCUUGUUUUAAAUGCCGCCGAAUCGCUUGAAGGAAAGCAAAGAUAAAGAGAAAACCUCUUCUCAUCCAUCCUGUGUGCAUGGAGGAUGAGUGUGAGAGAAAUAUAUAUGCACCUCCGUUCUGCUGCAUAGCUACUGUCGUCCCAUCUCACGCUGAGGAAGAGGGAGCGCUUUCACAACGCUGUUUGCCACCUAGCUUUGUUCGUGAACGCCGCACCACAUGGUCUGAAUGUUACUCUGAUGCCAGAGAGUCAGAACUAAAUUCUCCAUCUUGUUUUUCUCUUCGAUUGUCUUUGAUCUUGCGCCCUCGGCUGUCUGUGUGAUUACUGCAUUGUAUUAUCUCUUUGUGGAAAAAGCACUCAAUAUUGAUAUAAGCCACCUUCUUUACAUUUUAUACCGUUGAGAAACAUGGCCAACCAGCUCUACUUGUACAUCUUUUUGCAAUGUAAUAAUAUCCAUCUUCCCCAUGUCCCCUUGUCUUUAUUUUUGACUGCAGUGAAUGUUGUCCAACGUUUAAAGUCUUGUCCUCGUCUGCUCAUAUUGUGUCAUUCUCUUGUCUCUUCCUGCCUGUUCCUCUUCUUACCUCCUAGACAUGAUACUCAGCCACUGCUUGGACUGUAAUAUCUAUCAUGUAAUAUCAGCUUUAUGGAAGCUCACUCAUCCAUGGCUUUAGCAUGAGCAGGCCAAAGACUCAAUUGGAGCGAGAAGUCAACAAAACACCUUACACGUGACUUAACCAGACUCGACGCAGUAAAACGACAAGAAAAAAGCUCCUCCAUGUCAUUUAUUUUAAAAUUUUUUUGUCCUAACCAGCCUCGAUCGUGAGAAGCAAAGAGCAACAGGAGGACACAACACGACAUCAUGCUGGGAAGCCCCGCCCACUGUGAAAUCUCAUUGGUUCCUCAGAACUGUGCAUCUCAUUGGGUGUGAUUUUAUCACGUCACGCAUCAGUUUUCGAACUUGUCGUAUUGCGCCUGGUUAGGACACAGUGUUAGUUGAUAUGUUUAAUAAUCAUGACUGUGAGUGCAAACAGCUGGAGCAAUGCAUAGCUUUUGUGUUAUAUUAUGUAUUUGUUUGCUUUUUCAGGUCAAUGUGCAAUUCAUCAGAUGUCAUUAUCAUGAGAUCACAGUUAUUCAAUAAGACAUUUAGAAUUGUUCUAAACUGAUAUCUGGACUUCACAUACUCUCUCCAUAUUAUAUUGUGCACAGUACUAUGGUCAUAAACUUUAUCAGCCAGACAUUCUCAUUGUUUUAAUCCACACAAAUGAAAGUGCUCAAGGCAAAGUAAACCCUUAUUUUUGUAUGCAAUUUUUUUUUCAUACAGAUGUUUGCCAGAUACUUUAUUUUCCAUUUGCAAAUAAUUGCAACAUUGACUUUAGCAUGGAGCCAUGCCAAAGUUAACAGAAUCUGUAGCAAUUAGCAAAACUAAUACAACACGACACUUAAUAAAGCAUGCAGUUCAGUGGCGCAUCAUAUAAAACCCAAAUACGAUUGUUUUUCUUGUGCUUUUUUUGAUUGUUAAUAAAUGUGUGUGCAGUAUAUUGAUAUAAAUGUCUUAUCAUGUCACCCCGUUGGCAUGCACUGCAUUUAUUAGGAGCAUCAUGUAGUGGUUUCACAUCAGACUUUUAUGAGUAAUCAUUACACGUGUUGUUUGAUUUGAGAUCUUAAAGUUAUUGAGAGAUUGUUUUGUUUCUUCAGACACAUUCUUAAGUCACACCAUGUCUGUUCUAGAUAUCUCAAACUCAAAUUUGCAAAAAAGAAAGGUAUUUUGUCCUUUUAAUUAUAUGAAUACAUUACAUAAAGAUGUCAGAAAUCUGGAACUGUUAGAAGCACCACCACAUUCAGUAAACUAAGUUCUGAGUAAUGAUAACCAUGUGUAACAUGUGCCUAUAUCUUGUACAAUAUCAAGGCAUCUUUGGAUUUUUUUUAAACUGCUCAGCAGGGAAACUCAGAUUAUUUUAUUUGGUUGAUUGUGAAAGUAUGGCGUUUCUAACUAACUGUAUGUGUGUGCUUAUCUCAUUCUUCAGGGUCAUAAUGUGACAUUUUUUCAUGCAGUAAAUUUCAGCCUUCAUCGGUCAUGCCAAAAUCUGUUGUUUUGGGGAAAAUACAGUACAGUAAAGCUUGUCUGAAACACUUGAACGUGUUUCGGUCUUAGUGCGUAGGUGGGAGCCUUCCCAGAAGAACCAUGUUGAGCUGCGAAGGACGAAUGUGUUAGUCUUAUUUGAACAGCUGUAGAAACAUGCUCGUGUGGGUGUGAGUGCUGUUAGCCUCCAGCUCAGCAGUCCAAUAGUUCAGACUAGGUGAGUUCAGAUCAGUGUCUUUUCGAUCAUCUUUAAUCUUCAGUGUAGCACUGUUCUAACCUUUAAAAAACAGGCCCAAGUGGAGACUAAACGGGGAGGUCAUAUCUGCAUCUGCAUUUCUAUGUUUUCUAAAAAAUAUGGUUUGCUUUUGGGAAUCAUUUCAAAAUUUGUUAUUCUUUGUGUGUGUGAAGUCUCUUUGUCUGGAUGAAAGCAGAUGUAGGACUGUGACCCAAGAGAACUCUGACCCAACAGUUUUGAGAGCUGCUUUCCUACUUUUGCUACUAUAACAUUUGAAGAGAGUUUGUGCCUGGGUCCGACUGCAUUCACACAAAUGUAUUAUUUUAUACCUAGAAAGUUUGAGAGACAUUCUUAUGAAGUUGUCUUUGUGUUAUGAUGAGGUAACGCAACAUAUUGGGUUUUCCAUGGGUGCGUGUGGUUUUGUGCUAGUAUGCAAAAUAACUACUGCGUAUAACUGUGAUUGUAAUGUUGUUCUGACUGUGCAAAGUAAUGAGUUUGGGAAAUGUAAAUGCACCCAUUUCAUUCACAGUGUCUUUGAGUUGCUUUGCAAGAAAUAUUGAUAUUCAUCUCAAUAAAUACAGUUA